GAUCUGCGCCGCAGCAUCAGGGUAUGGGGUAGAGACUGGGAGGACGAGCCCCUCUGUUUGCUUGCACACAUCAACGAGGCUGAGCAGUGCGGCGCGCGUGUGCGUGAUUUUAACCCCCCAUCCCACCCCCAGACCUGAGCUCAGCCCACAGACCGCGCUGCACAGGCGCACAGCGCAGCUCGCAGAAGCAGCAGCAGCAGCAGCCAGAGAGCCGCCUGAAGCUUUCCCCUGCGGGCCCAGGACGGAGCUGCGCGCCAUGGAUGCCAGAUGAACGCAGGAGCCAGAGAUGCUGCAGGACAAGUCUUCAUCUGUGACGGAUGAGCGCGACAGCCGGGCCCAGAGCAGCCUGGAGGCGGCCCUGCCUCCGUGCCAGUCGCCGCUCCGCAUGUCCCCGGCUCCCACAGUCCCCAGCUCCAGCGGCCCUGAUCAGAACAUUGAGAGCAUGAAAGUUGUCCUCCAUGAGCGGGAGCUGUGGAGGCGCUUCCAUGAGGCUGGCACGGAGAUGAUCAUAACCAAGGCAGGAAGGAGGAUGUUUCCAAGCUACAAGGUCAAAGUGAGUGGGAUGAACCCAAAGACAAAAUAUAUCCUCCUUGUGGAUAUUGUUCCAGCUGACGACCACCGCUACAAAUUCUGCGACAAUAAAUGGAUGGUGGCUGGCAAGGCGGAGCCGGCCAUGCCCGGCAGGCUUUACGUUCAUCCAGAUUCGCCGGCUACAGGCGCCCACUGGAUGAGGCAGCUGGUGUCAUUUCAGAAGUUGAAACUUACAAACAACCACCUGGACCCGUUUGGACACAUCAUUCUGAACUCCAUGCACAAAUAUCAACCCCGGCUUCACAUCGUCAAAGCUGAUGAAAACAACGCUUUUGGAUCAAAAAAUACCGCCUACUGUACACAUGUCUUCCAUGAAACAUCCUUUAUCUCUGUAACCUCCUAUCAAAACCACAAGAUCACACAACUGAAAAUAGAAAACAACCCAUUUGCAAAAGGAUUUAGAGGGAGUGAAGACGGAGAUCUGCGUGUCUCAAGGAUACAGGGGAAGGAAUAUCCAAUCAUUUCAAAGAACAUGGUUCGCCAGAAGAUUAUCUCUUCACAAAAUCACCUCACAGGGAAACUCCGAGCAGGAGUUUUAACUGGACAUCCUCAAGUCCUGUCCUCUUACCAGUAUGACACUGGAAGUCCUUUCUCAAACUCAGGCUCCCAAGAUCCCAUGUCAAACAACUUUCCUCAAAGCAGAGAUCCCAGCCUUAUGUAUCACUGCUUCAAACACAGGGAUAAUACCCGUCACCUGGAGCUGGGAUGUAAGCGGCCUUAUCUGGAGACAGCGUCUGUGCUGUCAGAGGAGCAUUACUUUCGUUCAGCACCCUCUUAUGAGUCGCCUUUGGUGUCUCACUCUUACUGCACUGAAGCCAUGUCCUCCAGGGAGGCUUGCAUGUACGGGGGCAUCGACACAGAUUCUCGACCGGGUGUGGUGGAUGCAGAUGGCUUGACCAGCUCUCCUUCAGUUGGUGGCAACAUGUGGGCUGCCAGGCAGCCGUACCCUCACUACAGUGUGGAGGGCAUUUCGUACCAGCCCUUCACAGCUCACUUUACCAACCCUGCCCCCAUCACCCCUGGGGUACCUCACCAAGCGCCUUCUGUGGUUUCGCGGUCACAGGCUGACACCGAUGGCUUCGGCUUACCUACAGCCCAAAGAGGUCUGCCCGUCGCACCUGCAUCACCCUCCUCUACAUCCAGCUCUGUAGUUGUGCCUGGCUCCAGAAACAAGGCAGGCCUUUCACCUCUGUGUCACCGGAAGGCAGGCUCACCCGCUCAGUCUCAAAGAGACUUGUCAGCCUAUUCCUCUCAAGGAACUAUAUCUCUCCGAGAUGCAUCCCAUCAAUACCAAGGAGGCAUGAGUAGUGCAGGGAGUCACUGGAGUGACAGCUAAUGAGAAGAGGCAAAGAUUCCUGAAAAAACCAUUGAAGGAUGUUGAGAAUCCAUAAACGAAACAGGCUGAUGAUGAUAAUGAACUACAGCCACAAUCCCUGUGUAAUUGCACUUCAAUGGAUGCACAUCAGCAAUCAUGUCUGCAUACAUUAUGCAUGUGCUGAGCAGUGUUUGCUGUUUCAAUAAUGCAGAUGUGCAGCACAUGUGCCAUGAGCUGGUGGUCAGAUGCAGCUUUGAGCAGAGAUUAAAGUCAAACUGUAAAAAAGGAA